GUCCUGACCUCUCAAUUGGCUGUGGUACUAUUGACCACAUUGAUCCCUUCGGAAGCAUUGCUGAUGCCAGGGAGUUGUCGACUUCAUCACAGCCAAAAGAUGCAGUCGAGAAUAACCUCAUGCGCCAAGUUUUCCCGGCAUGCAUUUUGUGUCACUGAAGAGCUAUUUUGCAGUGGGGAUGUAAAAUACUCAGGUCAAUCACUUGGUCUCGUAAUUGCAGAAUCCCAGACACUCGCUGAUGCAGCAGCAGACAAGGUGAAGGUCACCUACAAAGACGUCAAACCCGCCAUUGUGACCAUCGAAGACGCCAUUAGAGAGGAGAGUUACCAUGCCAACCCUAUGAUAGAUCAUAAAACCGGAGAUCCGGAAGAUGCACUGAGCAAGGCUUCUCGCAAACUGACAGGCGAAUGCAGACAAGGAGGUCUUUAUCAUUUCUACAUCGAAAAUAACGUGGCGCUGGCUGUUCCGGCUGAAGACCGUCUAGACGUGUACAGUUCCUCCCAGGGCACCGACAUAGUUCACGCAGUCCUUUCCACAGUCCUAGGCAAACCCCUCAACUACUUCAACGUGUGCACUCCUCGAGUAGGCGGGGCAUUCGGGGGUAAAUCAUUUGGCGCCCUCCCUGUUGCUGCUGCAGCUGGUUUGGGAGCCUACAAACACAACAGGCCAGUGAAAUGUAAUGUUGGCCUGUCGGCGUCGAUGAGAAUGAACGGGAAAGACCUGCUUUGUGGGCGAAGUAUGAGGUGGGGUUCGACGACAGCGGCCGCAUCGACGUCAUCUCUUUCGAAAUUUACGUUAAUUGUGGCUACACUGCAAACUUUGCCUUCAUAUAUCACGAAAUCCUAACUCAUAUUGACCAAGGGUACCACAUCCCCAACUGGAGAGUGAAAA